UGUUUAGGACGCAUAUUUUCCGGAUAAGAUGCUUAGUAUGAACCAGCUGCUGUUUUAUUUAUGUUAAAAAAGUUCAUUUUGAACGAAACAGAGAUUUAAACCCAUGGAAACCCAAGAGAUGUCUGGAAAUAUCACGCACCGAGCCUGCGAGAACAUCAACUUGAAUUUUACGCACACCUUUCUGCCGCCCGUGUUCGUCACUGUAUUCGUCGUCGGGACGCUGUCGAACAUCUGGGGUCUGAGAAGUGUGUGCACUAGCUGGAACAACAUCGGGAACAUCAACAUAUUCAUGCUGAACCUCGGGGUGGCCGACCUACUGUACCUCUCCACCCUGCCGUUCCUCGUGGACUAUUACGCGCGGAACAGCCGCUGGCAGUUCGGCCAGCCUUUCUGCAAGGUGACCCGCUUCUGCUUCAACCUCAACCUGUACGGCAGCAUCGGCUUCCUCACCUGCAUCAGCAUCUACAGGUACCUGGGCAUCGUGCACCCCAUGAGAGUGAUGGGGAAGAUCAGCGGCCGCCACUCACUGGCUGUGAGCGCCUUGGUUUGGCUGCUCGUCAUCAUUCAGAUCCUACCUGAUAUGUUCUUCGACAAAAAUGAUCUAAAAUCACAAGACUCGUGUUUCGACACCACCUCAAACGACCUCAUCAGAGCCUACCUGCCCUACAGCAUCGGCUGGACCGUCACAGGGUUUGUCAUACCCAUGGUUAUCAUUUUGGUCUGUUACGGCCACAUCGUUGUGGUUCUUGCCAAAAACGCCAACGUCAACCCUCUGCUGAAGCAGCGCUGUUUGAAGCUGGUCGUGAUUCUGGUGAUCCUGUUCUCCAUCUGUUUUAUCCCCUACCACGUGUUCCGGAACGUCAACCUGAGCACCAGGAUUUUGAAACUAAACGGGGUUUGUCACUCCAGCUUCGACGACAUCUACAUUGCACAUCAGGUGGGCAGAUUCCUGGCAUGUCUCAACAGCGCGUUAAACCCGCUCAUUUAUAUCGUUGGAAAUGAUGAUUUUCUCAUGAAGCUCCAUCACUUCACUAAGCGAGCCCGGCUGUCUCUGGCCGGCCUGACAGGAGCAGUCAGUUACCGCAAUCCGGUGCAAGGAGACGGAGAGUCGCCGUCAGACACACGAGUCAACCUGAUGAACGGCUGACACGCACAGCCGGUUCAACAGAGGUCACCUCCGAACAAACCGCAGUACUGGCCGAUGACGCGUCGGAUAUACGAAGCUUGUUGUCAGAAGGUGAACAAGGUGUCAGCGCAGGUUUCUCUCAGCCUGCCGGACAUCGUUAGGCAGUAAAACCCGUAUAAUCUGCAGCUGAAGCUCAUCCGCUGUUUCUGCACUGACUGGUUGGAUCAAGUCUUCAGUAUUGUGUCAUGCUGCUGUUCGUAUUAUUGCACUCUCUUCAAACUGAUGUCCCGGGAUCACCCCAGCGUCCAAACAACGUGCUUAACCUUGUCAAGGACAAUGUGAUGUGUACUGCAACAAGUGAAGCACUGCUUUGUAUUUUCUGUAGUUUAUGUAACUGAGACGUGAUCUAAAGGCUUUUGAAUAGAUGCACUAUUGUCAUUUAGCUCUUACAGAGGCCUCUCCACUGCAUGUAUGUUGCAGGUUUAUUAAGAGAAUGGUUUUGAGUUAAUCCAAUGUUUGACAUUUUUAAUCUUCUCAGUUAACAGUUGAUGGCAUGUCAUUUGACUUAAUCUAAUCUUGUGGAGGUGUUGAAUAUGGCAGCUCAGUACUUGUGGCAGCAGCUAUGUGCUCAUACCAUCAGUUACCACAAGUGAAAAUGUGCAGAAAGCAACAAAAAGCAUUUAUUCAAAGUCAUUUUCCAUACGUUUUUAGAUUUACUCAAGUCUGAGGACUCUACAAAACAUGGGAUAAAAUCUUCAGUUUGAAUCGUUUACAAAUGCAUCACAUCCACAUGCACAUUAACACAGGCAGAAAACUCUGUAGAGCCACUGCAACCUUUACAGAGAUAUAUGUGUGUGUGUGUGUGUGUGUGUGUGUGUGUGUGUGUGUGUGUGUGUGUGUGUGUGUGUGUGUAGUUGUGUGUGUAUGUAGCUGAGUGAAUUCCAAUGAAAAUGCAUUCAAUUGCACAAUCACAAUUAACUUAAUCUUUAAUAUCCACUAGCACACAAUGCCAAACAUAGUUUUUGUUAAACUCUAAAGCCACAAAAAAACAUAGUUACAUCCCUUUCGCUGACCUUCAUCAACUUGUACUUUAUUUUUUGAUAUAAUUUUCAAGAAACCACUGAUACUUAAUAUUAAUGUUUGUAAUGAGUGUUUAUUGUUGUCUCUUUAUAGCUUUAAACACGUAUACUGUAUGUAUGUCAUAGUGAUGAUGAUGAUGAUGAUGCUCAGGUAUUUCCUUUUGCAUCAUCCCUUAAAGGUGUGUUUGAAAAAGUCAUAUGAAGCCUUUCGUGUCAUCAGAGGAAGCUGAAUCUGAUCAAUCUGAUCAAUUGCUGCUCAGCGGCUAAAAUGCAUUGUGGGUAAUGUAGGUGCCAGGUUUUUAAAACGGUCCACCAGUCUAUCAUUGAAGUUUUAUAACACUGUUGAACAAGUGAUCAGAAUUAAUACAACUGAACAGAUAUCACCUUUCAAUUCCUACAUUACCCAAAAUGCAAUGUAGCCACAGAGUGACAUCACUAAUAUGUACAAUAUAUGUAGUUACCAUUUAAAUCAUCAGACAGGUUUAAGGAUUAUUGAAAGUUGUGGCUGUAAACAGAGAUCUAGUUUUCAAGUUUUAACACCAACAUAAGUGAUAGACAGGCUCCACCACAUUAUCUAUAUAAAGCACGCUGCCUUAUUUUAAACAUUUUACUGGAAGACAAGCAGUAAACUAGUUUUAGCUGUAAAAUCCUUAAAUAUAUUAGAGGUAGUUAAAUGCAUGUAAACGCUUUCCUCCACUUCACCCAUUUGCUGACAAAUACACUGAUUUUGACUGAAAAGCUUCUGGUGCUGCAGAUAUUUGACUGGGAUGUAAGUUUAUGACUUAUAUUUUAUCUUUCUCCUGUUCAAUCAUGUUGUACCCUCCAGUAGGGACUGAGUGCUGUUUGUUCUGUACAUUAUGUGAGAGUCCUUCUUCAAGUCCACUGUAUUUCUGUAAAGGGAUAUUCUGGUGUAAGUUUAAUCCAUGUUUUAACACACCUUCCCCACAACGAGCCUGCAGCUGGAGAGGAGAGAUUUGUUUAUCAUUUCCGACAAAGUCGGCAACGAUAUCAAAUGUUUGAUGCCUUGAAAUAUGUGCUGGGACCCUGUUUCUAAUGUUGCUGAAGUUUGAUGCAGUUCUGAGCAUUAUUUGUUAUUGCUUUUUGAUGGUGAUUUAUACUU